AUGACAUCUAGUAAAUUCAAUCCAUUAUGUCGUGUGCUAAUUACGAAUUUAGAUAAUCGAACAACCGACGAGCAACUUGAAGAAUAUGCAUCAAAAUAUGGGACAGUGAUCGAUUGUCAUGUUAAUAAUGAAAAUGAUGAUAGUUUUAUUGAUUUUUCUAAACCUUUACAUGUUGACUCGUUUAUGGAUAAACGUCCUCAUAUAUUAGAUGGACUUGAAUUAAAUUGUAGGCGUUGUUUACCAAUGAAUGAACUUCAAAAACAAGUAAAACGUAUAUUUGUUCGUGGUUCACGAGCGCAAAUAUCUGAACAUCGAUUAAAUAAUUAUUUUAUUAAAUAUGGAAAAGUUCUCUCGUCAAAUAUUCCACAUGGAAAACAAUUUGGUUUUCUGGCUUUUAGUGAUUAUGAUAUUGUUGAUAAAAUUAUUCAAGAUAAACCACAUAAAAUUGGUGGUGUUGAAUUAGAAGUUAAAAAAGCUGAAGAUUUACAAAAAGAUAUCAAUGCUCAAUCACGUAUAUCAAAUUUAAAAAAUAAUAGACCAAAAUCAUUGAUGGAUAUUGAUAUGGAUUCACGAUGUGUUAGUCCAUCGUUAAAUCGACAAACAUCAACAAUUUCUAAUUCAGUUAGAACAAAACGAAUGAGAUCAGAAAGUUAUAAUAGUCAAACGGAACCAUCUCGUUUAGUUGAAAAAUUAAAAGAUAUUGAAAAUGAAAAUAGAAAAUUAAAAGAAAAUGAAUUAUUAAUAAUACAUCGUUUUGAAAAUGAUUUAUGGAGAGCACAAACCGAUCUUGAUGAUGAGAGGCGAAGACAUGAUCAGUUAAAAUUAGAAUAUGAAUUUGUACGAAGAGAAUUAAAUCGAAAAACACUUGAGUUAGAUUUUUUAACUGGAACAAGAUUAAAUGGACAUACGCAACAUUUACCAACACGUUCGAGAUAUUAA